AUGGCCGUAAUGCCAAGCAAUGUCUUUGCAAGACAUCAUUAUAAACAACUGAGGACCUCCAGCGGAGUUACCGUGGACCUGAUCAAUACUGACGGCAGCAUAUUCUAUCUUCAAGGCUUUUCUACCACGCAACCUGUAACUUUGCAGCCUAAUGCUGACUGGGGUUACAUUGGAAAAGUCCGCAUCCGGGCCACUGAAGCUGCAGGGCAAAUCGGCUCGUCGGACCUUCAGACUGACUUCCGAUGCGAGCUUCGCGAUGCUGGCCAGAACAACAACCGAAUCAUCGUCACGCGAGAUAAUAGCAUCGACUUCAACUUCGGAGUUGGCAAAGCUUGGAAACUUCAGCCUGGCGGGCCUGUCAAAGCAUCCAACUUGCGCGUCAAGUGCGAUCCAGCACUGAGAAAGAUAGAGCUCGAUCGGCGUGAUGAUAUCCGCGUAGCUCUGUCGAACAGUGCACAGGAGUUUGAACGCCAGCUUGAUUUCUCGGACUCGGAGGGUCGACAAGAACAGAGGCAAUCAGUUGGUGGCACUUUCACGCAUGUAGAGCUCUUCGUUGGCCCGGGAGUGGAGAAUCAGGCCCUUCGUUGCAAGGCAUUAAACGGCGGGCAAGUCGUGCUGCUCAACCGAGGCGUCAACCUGAACAAGCAGACCUUUGGGGACGGGGGCAACGGGAGGUGGACGGUUGCUGGGGGCCCAACUGAGAUCGACGAGGCGACUGAAAUGGAGACCAUCUCGACUCGCAGUCCUAUCCAGUAUUACUCAGGCUCCGGUCAAGUCAACCGCCCCAUUGCACAGAACGACCAGUGUACAUCUUGGCCCUUUCCCUCUUUUGCGCAUACGGACUGUCUCCCUAACAAAUUGUUGGAUAAGAUGCCGCGCACUGCCAGAACAAGCACAGAACAAAUCAAGUUGUAG